UGGGGCGGAGCGCACAAUCAGAACUUCGGGUCCUCAGUUGCAGUCUGGAGCCUUGCCCGGGUCAGUCGUGCUGAGCUGCACUCCUCUGACUGCACACCACCCUGAGCCUAGAUCCUCCUUUUGUGCCAAGGUUUCUGUGAACUCUUUACCAGACUUAGCUGACCAGUGCAUUAAUUUACCAUCAUGUCUUUUGCCUUAAGCGAACCAUCAGAACUGCUUUUCUAUGUGAACGGCAGAAAGGUACAUGGUGUUAGAAAAGUCCAAGAGCAAAUCCUUGGGCCAAUUCUUAGAAAUUUUCCUGCCUCUUUCAAAAGUACACAGAAAAUGUCUACUAGUCAGGUCCGUCUGACAGGGACAAAAUAUGGCUGUGGAGGAGGUGGCUGCGGAGCUUGCACAGUGAUGAUAUCAAGAUAUGACCCAUGGACUAAGAAGAUAAGACAUUAUUCGGCCAAUGCCUGCCUGCUUUCCAUAUGCUCUCUGUUUGGGGCUGCUGUCACCACAGUAGAAGGCAUAGGAAACACCAAAACCAGGAUUCAUCCAGUGCAGGAAAGAAUUGCCAAAUGCCAUGGGACUCAGUGUGGAUUCUGUAGCCCUGGAAUGGUGAUGUCUUUGUACUCUCUUUUGAGAAAUAUUCCAAAACCCUCCAUGGAUCAGCUAAUGGAAGCUCUUGGAGGUAACUUGUGCCGUUGCACGGGAUAUCGGCCCAUAGUAGAUGCUUGCAAGACUUUCUGUAAAGCUACUGAUUGCUGUCAGAGUAAGGAAAAUGGCACCUGUUGCUUGGAUCAAGAAGAAAGUGAAUUACUGGACUCUGAGUUAGGAAAUAGGACAUGUGAAAAACUCUUUCAAGAAGAGGAGUUUCUACCAUUGGAUCCAACUCAGGAAUUUAUAUUCCCCCCUGAACUAAUGAACAGGGCUGAGAAACAACCUAAAAGAACAAGGGUUUUCUAUGGGGAGCGAAUAACCUGGAUUUCUCCUGUAACACUAGGAGGCCUUCUGGAAGUGAAAGCCAAGUAUCCAGAUGCACCAAUUGUCAUGGGAAACACCACUGUGGGACCUGAUAUGAAGUUCAAAGGGAUUUUUCACCCAGUUAUCAUAUCUCCUGAUGGAAUUGCAGAACUGAAUGUUGUAAAUUAUUUAGACAAUGGGCUAACAAUAGGUGCUGGAUGUAGCCUAGCCCAGUUGAAAGAUAUCCUGACUGAUGUGGUCUUGGAUCUUCCAGUAGAGAAGACUCAGACUUACCAGGCUCUUUUAAAGCAUCUGAGGACGCUGGCUGGAUCACAGAUCAGAAAUGUGGCCUCUUUAGGGGGCAACAUCAUCAGUAGACAUUCAACAUCAGAUCUGAAUCCCCUUCUGGCUGUGGGUAACUGUACCCUUAAUCUGGCUUCAAAAGAUGGAAAACGACAAAUUCCUUUAAAUGACCAAUUUCUUAUGAGGGCACAAAGUUCCGAUCUCAAACCAGAAGAAAUCUUGGUCUCAGUGAACAUCCCCUAUUCAAAGAAGUGGGAAUUUGUCUCAGCCUUUCGACAAGCUCCACGUCAGCAAAAUGCCCUGGCAUUUGUUGUUUCUGGAAUGAGAGUCCUUUUUGAAGAAGACACAAACAUCAUUAAAGACAUCUCUAUUUUCUAUGGAGGCAUUGGUUCCACCACUGUCUGUGCUAAGAAACUUUGCCAGAAACUCACAGGAAGAGCCUGGAAUGAAGAGAUGCUGGGUGGAGCUUGUAGGUCAGUUCUAGAUGAAGUUUUCCUCCCAGCCUCAGCUCCAGGUGGAAUGGUGGAAUACAAGAGAUCCCUCAUUGUCAGCUUUCUUUUCAAAUUCUACUUAGAAGUGUUGCAGAAUUUGAAGAUGAUGAACCCUUCUCUUUGUCCUUGUUUACCAGCUGAGUAUGGAAGUGUUUUAGAAGAUUUCCAUUGCAAACAUUAUGAGACUGUUUUAAGAUACCAGAAGGUAGACACAAAACAGUUUCCUCAAGAUCCAAUUGGGCGUCCCAUCAUGCACCAAUCUGGUAUUAAACAUGCAACUGGUGAAGCCAUUUACUGUGAUGACAUGCCUGCGCAUGACCAAGAACUUUUCUUGGCCUUUGUAACAAGUUCAAGACCUCAUGCCAAGAUUGUGUCUAUUGAUACAUCAGAAGCCCUUAAACUACCAGGAGUAAUUGAUGUCCUGAUAGGUAAAGAUCUUCAAGGUGUAAACUCCUUCUGUGAGUUUCCUGAAAAUGAGGAAAUAUUGGCAACUGAUGAGGUCUUUGGUGUGGGCCAGCUUGUGUGUGCCGUGAUUGCUGAUUCAGAUGUUAAAGCAAAGAGAGCUGCUGGUCUGGUGAAGAUUGAGUACAGUGAUUUGAAACCCUUGAUCCUGACUAUUGAGGAUGCUAUACAGCACAACUCUUUCUUUGAGCCAGAAAGAAAAAUAGACUAUGGAGACGUUGAUGAAGCAUUUAAAACUGUUGACCAGAUCCUUGAAGGUGAGAUUCACAUUGGAGGCCAAGAACAUUUUUACAUGGAAACUCAAAGCGUGCUUGUUGUUCCAUAUGGAGAAGACAAAGAAAUGGAUGUCUAUGUGUCAACACAACAUUCCAAGUUAGCACAGGACAUAGUAGCAUCUGUAUUAAAGGUUCCAUCUAACAAGAUCAUGUGUCAUGUCAAAAGAGUUGGUGGAGCUUUUGGUGGAAAAACAUUUAAAACUGGUAUCAUGGCAGCUAUUACAGCAUUUGCAGCAAACAAGUAA